UCUGUAAAGAAAGUUGGUUGUUGAGGCUUUUAGAAACCAGAUUACAGGAGUGACUAUAAGCAUAUUUUAAAUUAAGUGCACGGGCUGCCGAGUGCCUAAGAACGUGAAUAGUGCAUACAUAAACAAUCCGCUUAGAAUGACCCAUAUAUCUGCUAUGCGUGUGAACAAUGGCACGCAACUUUGACUACACCAAACAUCACAAAUGACGAACCGACCUUCUGCAACAUUAUUUCGUUCAUUAAGAGUCACCUGGCGUACUAAAUUAUGGCAAUUUUGGGGCCCUUCUCUUCGGUGAACCAAACAUCCUUGUCACUUACCGAGAAAACAACGACCAAGUUACGUUGAUCUUGGGCAAGAAUUUAACGAGUUAUACGGCCAUUAGUUAUUUUCCAGUUAUCAAGUUUAGAAGACAACUGCAGAGCUCAAGAUGACCUCAUUGGCUACUGCACUUCCUCCCAUCAAAGUAGGUGGCCAGGUCACUCAGCAGGUCAUUCGGCAUGUUCCAUCUCCACCAAUGAAAGGGUCCUCUCUAGGGAGUCCGUUAAGAAGUAGCAGAGGAAUACAGAGACCAGAAGGCUCCUUUGUGAGGAGUCCUCCUUCUCAUCUGGAGAAAACAACUAGUUCUGAAAGGAUUGACACUUCAAGGUAUCGUAAUACCUAUGAACACAAUCUUUGCCUUGACAUGUUGAAAGAAGGUUUCCAUCAGUCAUUUCAAGAGCUGUUUAAUCUGAUGGAGAAACAAAAACAUGACAUAGAAAGUUUAGGAGCAGAUUCUGAUCUCUCUGAUCAACCUUUGCUACAAGAUCAACCAGAGAAACUUGACCAACUAAAACAUCAUCUAACCACAGCAGAGGCAGCAAAGAGAAGAGGAAAGAUGGACCAAGUUUAUCAUAGCUUACUGGCCCUAGCAAGAUUCUUUGAGGAGACUGGGGACUUUUGGCUCUCAGAUCACUUUUAUGGCUCUUGUUUGAAGACGAGCCUGAAGAUAAGAGGAGAUGGAAGGAGGAAGGAGUCAGAGGCUAACUGUAACAUGGGAUUGGCAUCUGAGAAGAGAGGGGAUCUGUGUAAAGCUGCAGAGUAUUUAGAGUCAUUUUACAAUUUGACAAAAGGGCGUCUGUGGCAGACAGAUGAUGGAGAAAAUCUGCAUUCACUUUCUUGUGGACACCUCAGGAGGGUGUAUACAACCAUGGCAGAUGAGGUUAAAGAGGCUGACACGAUGAAGUCAAUAGAUUACCUCCUGAAAGCAUAUGGAAUGGCAAAAGAAAGUGGUGACAGUCAACAAGAGGGCUUGGCUGGCUAUCGAUUGGGAAGUGCUUAUGAGGAAAUUGGAGAUGCUGAAACAGCCAUUCUGUAUCAUAAUGGGUACUUGGAGAAAUGCCAGCAGAACACAGAUGAUGUUGGGAUGGGGAGGGCUUGUCAAGCCUUGGCAAGAGCCUAUGAGUUGCAAGGAGAUGUGGAAAGUGCUAUGAAGUAUCUUGAGAUGUUUGUUGAGUUGGCUGAUCGAUCUCAGCAAUUACCAGAACAGCAGAGAGCUUGUACAAGUCUUGGCUCUAUCUAUAAUUCCAUGGGAAAAUAUGAAGAUGCUGUGCGUAUGUACAGGAGAGGCUUUGAGAUAGCUCAGGAUCUGACUGCAGUUGAAACCACUGAAACAACAAGAGUGGAAUAUGGAGUUGCUUUGGCACAUACACUUCUUGCAGGCUACUCUCAAUGUAUGGAUCAGCUUAGCAAGAGUAAUAUGCAAAGACUGCUUGAUUUUAAGAGCUCAAGAUGGGACACUUUUUCAGAAGAAGCAGCUCUCGGUUUCAAAGCAAAUGAAGGAAGUCAGCCAAGCAGUGUUGUGGGUCCAGGAGAAAGUGGGGACUCAGUUGAGGGGGAGGAUGACAAGGAAAAUGGAACUUCUGACCCUACUUCUGAAGGAGAACCCAAGGAUGAACAAAUGAAUGGUGGAUCAGAUUCAGGGGUGACAAGUGAAGGGGAAAAUGGGAAAGAUGACCAUCUUGAAAGUCAGCCAAUUGAGUAAUGGAUUUGCAAAAGGAACAUUGAAAAAAAUAUAUACUGUAUAUAAUAUAAUAUAUAUUUAUAAAUGACUUGUAAAGUACAACUCAUUCAAAUGAAACCAAGUGUGAGUGGAAUAAACAUCUAUCGUGAGUCACACCACGUUACUGAAGAAUGGGUUAGUACAUUCCAGUCUGUAACCUUUGGCAAAGCCUAUUUUUUUAACAAACAAAUGAAAAAAUUCCCUUUUAGUGUUAGUGACUAAUUUGCAGGACCACCUUAUCGUUGUACAGGUUGUUAUGAGAUUGGCAGGCUGCUUUCUUUAUUUAUCAUCAGAGUUUAUCAUUUCUUUGUUCACUUGAAGGGUUUGUUACCAGGUGUGACUUAAUUUAAUCUAUUAGGAUAAAAAAUUUCACAUUUUACAUCAUGUGCAUUGCAUGUGCUACUCUGAGUUGUACACAAGUAUCAUAAUCAUAAAAAAUGUAAAUUACAUAUCUCUUUGCAUGUAGGGGUAGAAGUUGUACUUUUACUUACAAUUUCAAAGUGUCAAAACUUCUGGUAAGAAAACA